GACAACUCGGCACCUCUCUACAUCAAUAUCUAAUAUUGCUCUAGGUCUUAGGUUCUACCUGUGGGCAUCGAUUGCACACACAACCAUGCUCUCUCGCCGAUACGGAUAUUCUGGGAUCUACCGGCUGCUACAGUGGUUUCCGAUCUGUAACCUUCUCCGAAGAAGACUUACUAGUCCUCUCUUCCCCCUUCCGCUACGCCCUUGUAGGGACCUUCCCUUUACGCCGACCCCCCUUUCUUUGAUUCGCGUUGCAUUUAAGGCGUUAGGGUUCUCUGAGCCCUACUCGGUAUGUCUUCUCAAAUCUAAUAUUGUUCUUAUCAUCUUCGACUCGAUCAUUGAUUUUCAUCGUUUUUGGUAGAAAAAAAUCUAGGAUUUUUUUGGUUCGAAGAUGUUUGUGACACGAUGGACUCCGUCCUUCUCUGUGGACCGGGAUUCACCGGUUGCACCGGUGUGGGUAGCUCUGGAAGGGCUUCCCGUUCACCUCCAUGAUGUGCGUGCCCUUUCAACAAUUGCUUAUACUCUGGGGAAGCCAAUUCGUAUUGACGCCCCAAUAGCUAAUUUCUCCAGGCCCUCUGUCGCGAGAAUCUGUAUUGAAAUUGAUAUCUCACAAGCUCUCCCCAAAAAAAUUUGGAUUAGAAAUCGAACUAAUGGUUUUUUCAGUCCAUUGUUUAUGAAAAUUUACCUGAUUUUUGCAACUCUUGUUCUCGGUUUGGCCACAGUUUGACUGGAUGCCCUCGGGCAACCUCAAUAUUGGGGCCUAAACCGCCUACAGAUGCUACUGAUUGUGCACCCCCUGGGGUUUAUGAUUUGGUCACAGUCUCUGAAUUUGUUGACUCCGUUGUUAAUUACACUGAAACUGCUGAUGCCCAAAAACCUGUUGAUGCUACCGUUUGUGCACCAUCUGGGGUUUCUGAUUUGAUCACAGUCCCUUGUGAUCCACCCUCCCAAUCCCGGAACCACCCCCUUCCUCUGAACAGGCUGCUGCAACCCAGAGUUUAAUUGUGAAUGUCAAUGAUGAUAUUGCGGUUGUUGCCCCUGCUAAUUCUUUAGAGGUGCAGGCAUCCCCCGGUGCUGAGGCCCUUAUUGCGGAUGUUAUUGCGGAUGAUUUGGUCAUAGUUGUUCCUUGUAAACCACCCUCCCAAUCCCUGAACCACCCCCAACUUUCUGAACAGGCUGCUGCAACCACAGUUCUAACUGUGAAUGAUUUUGCAGCUGUUGCCCCUGUUGUUGAUAAUUCUUUGCAGGUGCAGGCACCCCCCCGGUGCUGAGGCCCCUAUUCAUGCUGCAACUUUUGAUAAACACGCUACUAAUGAGGAUUCAACAGUCCAUACAAAUGCCCCUACUGUCGCUAUUGUUUCUGCCCAACCACAUAUGAGUGCAAACCCAGGAGCACCAUAUGCUGCUAAUAUGCAUUCUGUCCUGCCUGUUACCUGUGAUGCUCAGAUUGCCGUUUACAAUGCUGCACAACAUGAAGUGGUCCAUGAUACAGAUGAACCCCAGGUGGCCACCCGUUCUGUGGCGGUAACCGGGGGUGUUCAUUUAUCUAUUCCUGAUGUUUCCUUUGAAAACUGAUCAGGACAUGAUGAGCCCGUCUCUGAUCCUACACUUGAGAAUACAGUUACUGCGCUUGCAUCAAAACUGUCCGGUGAUGAAACUCUAUCUGAGGACAGUCAGCCACUAACCCUUUUAGUUUCAGGUCAUCAAAUAGCUGAAGAGGAAGUCUUUGAUGGAUUUACCCAAGUCAAAUGAAGAAAUAGCAGAAACAUAUUCUCAAAAACAAUUGGAGUUGAAGUCAAAGAGGAUGAACAACAAUACUUCCAAGCGGGGUAUACUUCACACCCAAUGAUCACCAGAAGCCACUCAAAAAACCCCAGGAUGACACAGACUUUUUUCUCUACCCACUUGACGAGAGGUUUGACUCCCCCCAUAAACUCGCAGAGGCUCUGAAACGCUACAAAAGGUAUCAUCUAGAGAGAACCUUCUACCAGCCCUAUCUGCAAAAGGCCAUCAAGUUCCAUAAUAGAUACAACAGAUCAAUCUCGGUGGCACUUGGAAUUCCCACAAAAAAUUUCAACUGCUGAUGUUAUUUUAUUUUCCUUUUCCCUUAUUUGUUUUGUACUUUCAAAUUCCUACGCAUGUACCUUUAACUUUAUUUUAAUAAAUUAGGGAGGUGUUCCCCGGCACCUCCCACCUAGUGUGGUUUAUUCCAGGCAAAAAAAAGGAAUGACAACCAUGCCAUUA